AGUCUAAUCUGAUAAAAUCAAAUACCUGUAUUACUUGGGCAAGUCAUGUGACUGUUGGCUAACAUUCUUAAAAUAACUUUGGGCUUACAGGAUUGCAAUGGCGAUAUAAAAUGGGAUCUGAGAAGAGAAAAAACAAUCAUAGCUAACUUCUUACUUAUUUUGGGACUUGCAGUCAUUCCCGAGGCUCAGAGAUCAGCUUGACGCAGAUCGGGUGGGCGUGUUGAGAAUGGUGAAAACAAUGGUUGCAGAGUCUGAGAGAAGGGUAUUUGGUGGAGGGGAAUUUGCAGAGGAUUUCUGAGAGGGGUUAACAGAAGCAUUGGCCUCAGAGAGUGGAUUUUCAAGGAUGGCGGAGGAAUUUUCCUCUCACGCUGACAUAGAUCCGUCUGCAUUUGCUCAGCAGGAAAGACUAGUCACUAAAGCUGCUGGGAAGGGAUUCAAUCCAGGAUUGAUUGUUCUUUUGGUUGUGGUUGGAGUGUUACUUGUUUUCUUGGUGGGUAAUUACGUGCUCUAUUUGUAUGCACAAAAAACAUUACCACCAAAGAAGAAGAAGCCAGUUUCUAAGAAGAAGAUGAAAAGAGAGAGACUCAAACAAGGUGUAUCUGCCCCAGGAGAGUAGCUUUGUUUAUUCAACUCUUCUGUAUGAGUUUCUUGUACCAGAUUCUUAGUUGUAGCUUCGCAAUGAGCUAAAGAGUCGGCACUAGGUUUACACUGAGCUACUAGUUAUUUCAACUUAUCUAAAUUGAGUAAUUGUCUUGUUCUCUUGGCAAGAUUUUCA